AUGACCAAGCCCCUCGCUACCAACCCAGCAGUGCCAAGCCCCGCGUCCGCCAACACCCCAGCUACCGCCGCAACGCCCACCUCCCAAGUCACCACCGCUCAACAGGUCACGACGCAAGCUGGCACCAGCACUGUUCCGACUCCCAACGUCAGGAUCCCCCACACCUCCCCCCCUCUCCUCAUGGACUACAUCAUCGACUCGUUAUCGUUCGAGGGCCGUCUUCGCUUCCGCGCCACGUCGCGUCAGUACCACACUCGCUUGACUCCAACGAUCUGCCCGGUCGUGGUCAGUGUCGACGGGCACGAGGGACCCAACGGCGAGUCCAGGGACUUCCACCAUGACGAGUCUCCAAGGCCCGUCGUCGGAGAGUUGCCCCCUGCAUUCGCGAACGUCAACUAUCAUCACCUUCCAGUCAGGUACACUCGUCGACCCCAGUUCUGGCCAAUGGAGCCAACUGUGCACACGGUUGUGCGCGCCGGCAACACUGCCUGCGCUGAUCCACUCCGCAUCCUCUCAAACGUGACCAACGUCGUCGACUUUGUCGACUUGGUCCGCCCUCGUACCCAGCACAAGAUGUUCGCCCACCAGCGCUACGUGAUCCCGAGGAAGACGCGGUCCUACACGUUCCAUGCCAAGUGGCGCCACGACAAGACCAACAACAGCGGCCACCUGCAGGGGAUUGACUUUGAGCACACGCACAACGUCCUCAAGUGGACCCUCGUCCUCCACCCGGUCGACCCGGUCGUUCCCGGACCGACAGAUGAGGCGGUCCAGGACACCUGGUCAGCUGACACCAUCUCUCCAGACGACUACCACUCUCCCGAUGACGACGCCGAUGGCCCCUCGGACGAUGAGUAUGAAAGUGACGGUCCCUACGGUAUCUCGGGUUACGGCUGCUCCUCAUCCAUCGACGUGCCCAAGUUCAUCCGACCGUUCCUGGACGCGUUCACGAAGGGCAACCCCCACGCCAGGCUCACCGUCGUUGGGGCCGAACGUGUUCGCGCUGAGCACUUGGGUGUCCACUGGUUUGAUGUCUACGACCUCAUCCUGAACAUUGUGUACUUCACGGCCGACCCCGUCCGCCUGCUCCAGUGCGACUGGGACAAGGGUAUCACAUUCAAGACUUUCGACGAGUGGCACGAAGGUCUCAGCGCCAUGGACAAGAUGCGCACCGAGUGGCCGACGGCCCACGGCAAGUAUGAGUGCACCCGUUGCCAUGAGGAGGUGGAGGUUGAGCGCCACUGCGACUGUCCGGAGCAGGACGCCGGCGCGGCGGAGGACGACGGCGGCUGGGGACUCUCGUGA